UCUACAAUGUUCCUACAAAUAGUUUUCUCGUUCUCCGGUAUUUUAGCAGCGGUACCGCUGUACACCAACGACUGGGCAGUGGAAGUUUCUCAUCCGGGGGUGAACCCCAACAUGGUCGCCGCAAGACACGGGCACGACAACCUGGGAAGAGUAAGAAAACGGUGCAACGUUCGUUCCCUCCAGGGCGUUGAAUGUAUUUUGCGGCAGGUUGGGUCGAUGGAUAAUAUAUACCAUUUCCGCCAUCCCAGCGUACUGAAACAGUCAACCGGGAAUGCUCACUAUCACACAGCAAGAUUGCAAGCGGAUAGUGAGGUACGAUGGGCAGAGCAGCAGAGAGUGAAGACACGCGUAAAACGAAAGUUCAGAACACCGACAGACCCGCUCUGGGGAGACGAGUGGUACUUGAACUCUGGAAUGGACCACAACGUUCUUCCUGUCUGGAAGCAAGGAGUGACCGGCAAGGGAGUCGUCCUGUCAGUUGUGGAUGACGGCAUUCAGUACAGUCAUCCUGACCUUUUCAAAAACUACGACCCGAUUGCCAGUAGUACAAACAGCAUGCUAGACGUUCAGUCUUACACCAGCGAGUACGUCAUUGCUUGUGUCUUCUCCAAUCUCCUAUGUAUAGCAAAAAUCGAAAUUAUGCGUUUCAGUCAUGGUACUGCGUGUGCGGGCGAAAUAAGCGCCGGAAGGAACAGCAGAUGCGGCGUGGGCGUGGCGUACGAGGCACGUGUAGGGGGUAUUCAAGUGCUGGAACAGCACGAUGUAAGCCACCUUGCUAGUAUAAACGAGGCUGCGGCACUCAGCUUUCGAUCGCAAUACAUUGACAUCUACACUAGCAGCUGGGGUCCAGCCGACGACGGCAAGACCGUCGAUGGACCAACAUGGGCAACAAGAAAGGGGAUAGAAAAUGGCAUUCUAAAGGGACGAUAUGGACUUGGAUCCAUAUAUGUAUGGGCUGCUGGCAAUGGUGGUUAUGUCGACGAUGACUGCAAUUGUGACAACUAUGCUGGUAGUAUCCACACCAUCUCAGUCAGUGCGGCUACCAAUCUCGGCAAGCAUGCAUGGUACUCAGAGAAAUGUACAUCGACACUCACAACUGCCUUUAGCAAUGGAGGAACGAAAGGAGUCAUCACUACGAGUCUGAAUGGCAGCUGUACGAGUGACUUUGGUGGCACGUCGGCUGCAGCGCCCCUUGUAGCUGGCAUCAUUGCUCUUUCACUGCAAGUCAACCCUCGAUUAAACUGGCGAGAUGUACAGCAUGUCAUUGUCCGAGCAUCGAGGGUCAUCGAUCAAUCGGAUUCUCUGUGGGUAACGAAUGGUGCAGGUUUCCAUGUGAACCCAAAAUAUGGAUUCGGAAUUCUGGAUGCACAGAAAGCAGUCGAGCUGGCAAAACAAUGGACAUCGGUUCCAGACCAACAUAUUUGUUAUGCUCGGUCUUACACACACCCAAGAAAUGUAACCGAGAAUGGUCUCGUGUUAACAAUGACAACUGAUGGUUGUUGCCAUGGCAACAAUGAUGUUAUAUACCUCGAGCAUGUUGUUUCACGUAUCGACCUUCAGAGUACAUAUCGGGGCGACCUCUCUAUUCACCUCGUCUCCCCAAAAGGAACACAUUCCCAGUUGCUACAUCCUCGGCCGGCAGAUACAGAAGGAGGCAGGUUUUCCAACUGGCCGUUCAUGUCCACCCACUACUGGGGAGAAAACCCGAUGGGCACGUGGAAGCUCGAAGUCAAAAAACAUGAGUCACAAACAGACGCAAAGCUAAACGAUUGGGUACUACUCCUGUAUGGAACCAAAUACCCACCAGUGAUGCAGUCAAACCAAUCGAAAAAUGAUGAUAACCAAUCAAACAAGUCAACGAUUUCAAUGGCUGGAGCAGACAAGGACACGUACGUUCGUCUGCAGGCAAUUCAUCCACGAAACAGGAAACGUUUACCCACAUUGGAUAAUCAGACUCCAACCGAAGCAGCAGUGGUUCAACCGACGGUCCAUCACCCAGCAGCAAUAGCCCUGCUCGCAAUCGCUACAACUGUUGUUACUCUACUAAUCGUUUGUCUCACGGUCGUUUUGUGUAAACGCCGAGAAGCGGAGUCAACGAUGGACCCAAACAAGAAGGAAGAUCGCUUUCAGUUUGAGUCAUCGCAACUCCAAUUUGAGGAGGAAACUUUAAUGUCUGAUUAAUAUUUCAAUAGGUUACUGUUCUAUAGCUGAUGGGUAGGAUUAGUUCGUUACCUUAUAUUGUAGUGAGAUGCAAGCUGAGUGUAAAACGACUCAAAUUGUAAACAUGUGCUACGCACUUCUAGUUCUGGAAGUUGUUGCUCUCUCUAAAGCAGUGUCAAGAUUGUAGAGAUCUAACAUUUCAGUACAUACAACUUCAAUGGACUUCAUGUCACACGAACUGCACAACACCUU